CAUUUUGCUAAAGAAGAAUAUAAUUGUGUGUCUUGAUUCAGGUGCAGAAGAUGGAUUCAGGAGAUGGCAAUGUUCCAAGGAGGAGGACUAGACAACAAGCUUUGAAAUAUAUGGUCGAUUUAAUUGAGAAGAGGAAAAGGUUGAAUCGAAGUGGUAAUCGUAGGAAUACUGGAGAGAAUGUUCGUAGUGGGAGCAAAAGAAAAAUGGUGGAGUGUUCUGGAGGGAAGAACAAUGCGAGGAGGAAACGGCCUUUCGUUGUGGAAACAUCUGAUGAUGAUGAGUGGGAAGAGGAGAGUGAUCAUGAUGUUGUUAUCAUUGAGGAGGAGGAGGAGGAGGCUGCUGAUAAUUCAGAUGCAGAGUCCAAUGUUGCCUCAAGUAUGUCUAGGACAGUGGAGAUACUGGAAGAGUUAACUGAUACAACCUCAUCUUCUGACUCGGAAUCCGAAGCUUCAACUGAUGAAGAUAAUGAUGACUCCAAUGAUAAGACGUACAGGGAGAUUGAGUCAUCAACUUCUGAUGAUGAGGAAUCAGAACAUGAUGAUUUGAGCUGUCCUGAAAACAAUGAAGAUGGUAAAAAGAAGUCAAAUAAGGGGCUUGUUGUUGAAGGUGAAAAGCAGAACAAACGCCGAGCAUAUCAUCUUCGGCCACGCUCACUUUCCAAGUCCAAAAAGAAGAAGUUAAACCAGGGAAGUUGUACUCGGCCCAUUCUUCUUGUUGAUGAAUAUGAAUAUGAAUAUGAGUCCUCAUCUGACGAGAAGGACUGCGAGGUGGAUGGCUCGGUGAAAAAUGUUGCUGUUCAGAAGGAUGUUGUUCGAAAGAAUCGUAAGGGAAUUCUUGAAGAAUCUGAAUCCUCAUCUGACGAGGAGGGCUGCAAGCUGGAUGACUCAGUGAAAGAUGUUGCUGCUCAGAAGGAUGCUGUUCGAAAGAAUCGUAAGGGGAUUCUUGAAGAAUCUGAAUUUCUGAAGUUUGUAGUUGAUUCCAUAAAAAAUGUUGAUGAUCAUAAUAAACUCACUCCUCCAGAAGAGAAGGAACAGGUUCAUGUCGAAGAAACACUUCCUUUAGUAUUCCGGUUUGAAGACGAGGAGCCUGGUCCCCCGGAGAAAGAGGAAUGGGAAAAGGAAUUUGAAGGUCUCGUAGAUGAAAUGGACAUGUGUCUCUUAGAAUCAGAUAUUGGCUUUACAAAUCCAUCCGUUUCACCGAAACAGAGUGGACAAAUAAGUGACUGUCAGAUGGGGAACCACGAUCUUGUUCUAGAUGAGCAAAUUGGACUCAGCUGUACAGUGUGUUCAUAUGUGCAUUUGGAGAUGAAAUACAUCUUCCCUGAUUUUGCUCAGAGAACUCGAGGGAGGUAUCAAAGAAAACAUUUUGGAGAGUCACCACUCACGGAUGUUGACGGCUUCAGAUUUGUUGAAUCUUCUGCAGUCCAGGAUUUUCCUACUUCUGGAGAAGGAACUGUGUGGGAUUUAGUUCCGCCAAGUGCCAAAGAGACGAUGUAUCCUCAUCAACGUGGAGGAUUUGAGUUCAUGUGGAAAAACAUUGCUGGAGAUAUAAGUCUUGAGAGGCUGCGAGAGCCCCUGACUGAUAGUAAGGGAGGAUGCAUAAUCUCACAUCCACCUGGCACCGGAAAAACCCGACUCACCAUAGUAUUUCUUCAGUCGUAUCUGAAGCUGUUUCCGAAUUGUCGGCCUGUAAUCAUAGCUCCAUCCAAUUUGCUUCUUAACUGGGAAGCCGAGUUUCAGAAAUGGGAGGUGGACAUUCCCUUCCAUAACUUGAACAGCAAAGAUUUAUCCUUCCAAGAAGAUGAAGCUACUGUUGGUGUCUUCAACUGUUUAUCCCGUGCUGGAAGAAAAAAUCUACAGCUUAUACGUAUGGUGAAGUUGAGAUCCUGGGCUAAAAGGAAGAGCGUUUUGGGAAUCAGCUAUGACUUGUUCAGGAUUCUCACAGUAGAAGAUGGAGGGCAUUACACCAAAGAGACUAGAGAAAUACUUCUAAGACUUCCACGUCUUCUGGUCCUUGAAGAAGGGCAUACUGCUCGGAAUGAGCAAAGCCUUGUGUGGAAGGCUUUGAAUAAGGUUGAAACGCAGAAGCGCAUACUGUUGUCUGGAACUCCCUUCCAGAAUAACGUCAAAGAGUUGUACAACACCCUCUGCGUAGUAAGUCCAAAGUUUGCUGCAGAUUUGGAGCAGAAAUGGGCUUCCAUUAGCAGUUGCGUUGAUAAGAAUACCCGAGCAUUGGAAGAGCUAAGGGACAUUAUUUCUCCGCUAGUCCAUACAUGUAGUGAAAAUGUGAAGAAGGUAAGCCUUCCGGGCAUAAGGGACACAGUGAUACACUUGAGGCCCACCGAUUUACAGAAGGAGUUGCUAAAAGGAAUUCCAGAGAAUCCAGGCUCCUUCUACGAACAAAAUCUGCUGUCUCUAAUAUCUGUUCAUCCUUCCUUAGUGGCCAAGAAGGAGGAGUUCACUAAGUUUGAAAGUCUGCUAAAAGAAAAAAGAUGCCGACUGGAUCCAGAUACCGGAGUAAAAACAAAAUUUGUUGUCGAACUGAUCAGACUCUGUGGUGGGACAAAAGAGAGGGUUAUUAUAUUUAGCCAGCUACUUGAUCCUCUGACCCUGAUCAAGGAGCAACUUAGUUCUCUCUUUGGAUGGACUUUGGGCAGAGAGAUUCUCUACAUGGACGGGAAACUUGAUGUAAAGCAGCGACAGACAUCAAUAAAUUCUCUUAAUGACCCUACGAGUGAUGUCAAAGUGCUGCUUGCAUCAACAAAAGCUUGUUCAGAAGGGAUAAGUCUUAUAGGGGCGUCAAGAGUGGUGUUGCUUGAUGUUCUCUGGAAUCCCUCAGUAGAACAGCAAGCCAUCAGUCGAGCCUAUAGGAAUGGCCAGACAAAAUUCGUUCAUGUUUACAGUCCGGUGACAUCAAAAUGGGAGGUUGAUAAGAUCGAACAGCAGACUAGAAAAAAAUAUCAUUCAGAUGUACUUCUGUCCAGGAAUGAAGUGAAUACUUCAGGUUCUGUGUCAGAGGACAACAUACUUGAAUCCAUGGUUAAGCAUGAGAGCCUCCGUCAUAUUUUUGAAAAACUAUCUCAUGCACCACGUACUACAUGCUUGAACCAACCGAGCAGUUAGAUUAGUUGGAACAUUUUUUGGGUUGCAACGAUUUUUGGAAGCCCUCCUUCAGUGAGGUGCUUCAUGACAGGUACACUACCAUACCAUCAGUUGGUUAAAAUUGAAGGUGAAACAUCGAGAUUUCAAGUCAUCAAAUGUGCAUCUGAAUGAGGAUUUUUAGGCAAGGCUUUCAGAUUUUGGGGGUUGCAGGAGAAGGGCCAGCUGGUGACCGCUCUCAUGUGUCUACAGAGACAAGUGAUGACAAUGUUAGAUUCUGCAUCGAUACUAAAUCCAAGUGCUUUAUUACUUGGAAUAAGUAAUGAAUGAUAAGGGUAAAACAUGAAGGAGAAAAAAAAAGAAGUAAAAGUUACUGGUUUGAGUUUGCUGGAAUUGAUAGUUCGAUCCCUUGGACUACCAGAGUUGAAGUCAAGGCUGCAUCAGUAGUACUGUCUUUGAAUAUCUUUGAUACAGGCAAGUUGCCUCUUUGAAAUUGCAUCAUAUACCAUGUUAGCUUCUCCAACUUUGUAGCGAUACCGCAUGUUCACUGUGUUAUUUUUGACGAAACUGGAGAGGCGUUGGCAAUUUCUUUAUUUUUGUAAGGAUCUCUUCCCCAAAACGGAUUUUUCUGCCAGCAGUUCGCAGACGCUCAAGAUACCUCUCAACAUUACAAGCAGGCAUAUUUGCUAAUGAUGAUAGUGUUAUUUUCGUUUGUACUUCGGUACACAGAAUUAGUAUAUGCAGAAUAAUAACUUCAACUAGAGUUCAAGAAUA